UCACCGAGUCACUGACGUCGAAUUAUUCUUGUCCUAAAUGUUCUCUUUGUCCGACAUUCUCGAGGGGCUCAUCUCGUCUCUUCCACCGCAUCCAAUCGCAAAGGAUGUACUAGACAAGUUUGUCGACGACGCCAUAGAAGAAUCAAAACAGCACACCUCGUCCGACAACAGGAAAAGCCAGUGGGAAUACUUACUUCGGAACAAGGUCUACGAGCUUGCAGAACACGAAGGAUCUUUCUUGGCCGACCCGGAUGGAUCGUACUACGACUCAUUAUGCGACAGACUCGAUGUUAUACUUACGUUUACCGAGCGUGAAGCAUGCGACCCAAUGUUCAUGUUCACCGUUCUCGAGGACCUUUUGGAGACACAGACGGUCGCGUCUUGUUCUCACAUAUUCUCUUGGAUUGAGCGCCGUUCUGCACGUUUAACGGAAGGAAUGGUACCGCAGAAGGGAAAGGCCCUCGUACUGCUGCGUAUGCUCAAUGAUCUCCUUCGACGCCUUUCUAGGGCCGGCAAUACCACGACCUUCUGUGGACGAAUCUUGACUUUCUUAAGUGCCGUUUUCCCUCUUGGCGAUCGUAGUGGGGUCAAUCUUCGUGGUGACUACGGUCCGCAAUGGGAACCAGUAUCCUUCAAAAGGGCAGCUGUCGAAGAGAAAAUGGAGGUUGAUGAAGCAGCUUCGGGGCGAGAAGCAGGGAAAGUAGAUGCUGAGGUGAAAGCGGAAGUGAAGGAAGAAGAGAAAGGCGAUGCUUCAGACAAAAUGGAUGAAGACAGGCCUCAAACUCAGGCUCCUGCUGCAGAGAAAACUGAAGAGGAAAAGAAAGAAGAACUGUACAAUACGUUCUGGUCCUUACAGCUCCCAUUUUCCCGACCGUCCAUCUUUGCAACAGAACCUAAUGCUUUUGCAGAAUUCAAGACUGCAGUGAAUACCGUUAUGCCGGUUAUUAAGGAAGCCACAAUAAAGGAGAGAGCUAUGAUGGGGAGUAAGGUUGUGGCUGGGGCUCUGAAGCGUAAGCGAGAAUCCACUCCGACAGCGACAAUGGAUGACGGAGACCGCAAGUACUUCUUUGCGAAGUUCCUCACUAGCCCCGAGCUUCUCGACCUUGAAAUUGCAGAUACGCAAUUUCGGCGGCAGGUGCUUUUCCAGCUAUUGAUUCUCCUGACACAUGUUCUGCAAUUUACGGCGGCGGAGAAGCAAAACUGGGCCACACCUCGCAAUCGAUCUUUGCAGAUGGAUUUCACGCUUCAACCAGAUGACGCGAAAUGGGUACAAGAAACUAUAACGCGAGUGUAUGAUGAAAUGCGUCAGACCUCUCCAAACGCAAAAGCUUUCACAGAGACCGUCCAGACGACAUUGGAGCGAGAGAAAAACUGGGUACGUUGGAAGAACGAUUUAUGCAGUCCUUUCGACAAGGCUCCCCUUCCCGUUUCUCUUUUUGAAGAGACCGCGCCAAUUCGUGCAAAGAUGCGAGAGCCUAUGGAGGAAUACCCGCACAAACUUGGUUCAGAAGCGCUAACUGAAAUCUGGGCUAUGGGUUACAGGGAUCUUUAUGACCUCGAAAAUAGGUUCAACCCCGGUGACGUAAAAGACUUUGUUAAGGGUAUAGAAAAGGAAAACGCUCGGAUAAAGCUUCGUAAACAGCAACUCGAGAAACAGCUUGAAGCUCGAGCACGCGCGAUGGCAGCCAGCAAGCCAGCAACGCCCUCUCCGGCGCCCGCAACUUCUGCUGGUUCUCAACCCGUAAAUCAACCUCCAACCCCAGCUUCUACUCCUGUCGCACCAAUUCCUCAACGUCCUCCUCCACCUUCUGCAUCAAGUCCUCCUCUUCACCCGUCUUUGCCUGCUAAACCUGGGACACAGUUGCCUGCGUCUGCCUCACCAGCUCAACCAACCCCUGUGCCAGCUGCUGCAACACCACAACCUAUAGCUGCUCCCACGCCAGCCAUUGUAGUACGUCCUCCAGAACAAACUGAUCCCAUGAUCAUGAAGGCCGAAGAAACCAAGCUACGCUUAUCAUGGUUGGCACUCCGACUUGCGCGGGACGAAUAUUUACAUCACUUUGGUAAAAUUGGGAGUGGAGAUGCUGUUCUCCUUGCACAAGAGAUCGAGAAGGAGAAAGAAAGGUUGCAGCGAGGCGAGUCGCAACCAGCCUCAGGCCCUGAUCGCGGUAAUACUCCAUCUGCUCCAACCAACACAGAUAGUGCACCUAUGCCUCAAACUGGGCAGAAAGACAUUUCUGCAGAGGCUACAUCUACUCAGGAGUCCACCAAGCUGGAGGUCGCCAAGGACACGCUGAAACCUUCUGACAGCAUGGAAAACAAUGCUAUGCCAGUGGACUCAUGAUUUUUACGAUGUAAAUGGGCGUAGCGCCUUGUACACGCGCUAAUUGCUUCCGUGUGUAAAGCCCUGGCUUUAGUUCAAAUUCGCAAUACUACCGAACAUCCAACUUGGC